GCUAAAUGGCCCUGGUUAAGUCUCAUAUUAGUAGCUUCUACUUCCUCCAUUCUGUCCCCUGUUCCUCUUCGUACAGUAGCAUCUUCUUCAGCUCUCCCUGUGGACACUGACCAGGAGGUGUAUAUAAGUCCCUGUGAGGAUGUUUUUGUCACUUAUCCAGGACCUACACACAAAGAGGACAACAAACCCUGAGCAGGACCAGUCUUACCUUUGUUCUCCAGGAGUCUUUGAAGGCUGCAGGUGUGAACGGACAUCUGAAAUCUUCCUCUGCCUUUGGCAUCAUCUGCAUUCAUCUGACCUCCUCUCCAGUUCAACAUGGACACAGCUGCGGUGGCGACUCUUCUGGCUCUGAUUCUGGCACUGGCUGGAGUCAGUCAAGCUCUUCGUAUCCAAGGCAGCCUGGACAAAAACGAUAUUGUGCCUGGCUCAGAGGAGAGUGCGGUCGACCACUUGCUGGGGCUGGAGAGUGAAAACACAGAUAACAGCGUUGAUGAUCGCCUGCUGACCGCUGUGCUGAGAGCUCUACUGCUCGGGUCUCAGAGGGAAACCAGGAACUCUGUCCUCCAUCAGCCACAGAGGUUUGGUCGCGGCUCCAGAGGGCAGGUAACGUCAGAGGACCAGGUUCAGUCCCGUGACUGGGAGGCAGCCCCUGGUCAGAUCUGGAGUAUGGCUGUGCCCCAGAGAUUCGGCAAGAAAUAAUCUGGCAGGAAGACAUCCGCACAUCGGCAUGAGGGCUCGAGGGUCGAGCGGCAAGCAACUGAGGCAGGAAAAUAAUUUGUAUGAAUAAAUUUGAAUCUUAAAAAGCACGUUUUGGCCCAUCAAGCCUUACUUGUCACCCAUAAGAUGGCUGAAGAUGACAGGGGUUUCAAUUUUCUGUGUUUUUUAUCCCUCUGAUAACAAACACUGAAAGCAUGUCAACGAGUGCCUAUUAAGUGUUUCUCAGCCUGGUCUGUAAUGUUUUAGAACAAAGAGUAUUUGCUGCAAAGUGAUUGCUACAUUUUCUGUUCUUCUUCUGUUCUCUGGUUGAAUAAAAGAGCUUUGAAAAUGGAAAA